GGCCGCACCGCCCCCGCCUCGCACCGCCAUGAGCGUAGGGUUCAUCGGGGCCGGGCAACUCGCCUUCGCCCUGGCCAGGGGCUUCACGGCGGCAGGGGUCCUGGCCGCGCAUAAGAUCACGGCGAGCUCCCCGGACACCGACCUGCCCACCGUCAGCGGGCUACGGAAAAUGGGCGUGAACUUCACCGUGAGCAACAAGGACACGGUGAAGAACAGCGACGUCCUUUUCCUGGCCGUGAAGCCCCCCAUCAUCCCCUUCAUCCUGGAGGAGGUGGGGCCCGACAUUGAACCCCGCCACAUCGUCGUUUCCUGCGCGGCCGGUGUCACCAUCAACUCCAUCGAGAAGAAACUUUCUACCUUCUGCCCCACACCAAAAGUGAUCAGGUGCAUGACCAACACCCCUGUGAUCGUCCGGGAAGGUGCUACAGUCUAUGCCACUGGGACUCACGCGGAUGUGGAGGAUGGGAAGCUCUUGGAACAACUGAUGGCCAGCGUUGGCUUCUGCACCGAGGUGGAAGAGGACCUGAUCGAUGCCGUAACGGGGCUCAGCGGCAGUGGCCCCGCGUAUGCGUUCACUGCCCUGGAUGCUCUGGCAGAUGGGGGAGUGAAAAUGGGACUUCCCCGCCGACUGGCCGUUCGACUCGGAGCACAGGCUUUGCUGGGUGCUGCCAAAAUGCUGUUAGAAUCUGAGCAGCAUCCUGGGCAGCUGAAGGACAACGUCUGCUCGCCUGGGGGAGCCACCAUCCAUGCCCUGCACUUCCUGGAAAGCGGUGGCUUCCGCUCGCUCCUCAUCAAUGCUGUGGAGGCUUCCUGCAUCCGGACAAGGGAGCUGCAGCAUCUGGCAGACCAAGAGAAGAUCUCCCCAGCAGCCAUAAAGAAGACUUUGUUGGAUAAGGUGAAGCUGGAGUCUCCUUCUCUGUCCAUGGCAUCUGCCAGCAAAGUCAGUCUGUUCAACAAUAAGAGCCACAGCAGCAAGAAGAACUGACCAGACUCCGCACUCCAUCAGUCUUCUCCAUGCCCUUUCUUUUUUAUCUAAGGAAAAACACUCACUCUGGAUGUUGGUGUCCCCUGUCCCUGGCUCUGGGCUCGCAGUGGCUGUGGGGCAGUGUGACACUGUAGAAGAGGGUCUUUAACCUGUAGUGGGGUUGAUACAAACCGUCCCUGGCAUUGCUGUUCUCUGGUGGGCAGGGGUGAUACCAUCAUCAGAGCUUCAACAAGGGCACUGCUUGUCCAGAAGCCUUGGAUGCUUCUAGGGCUCAGGCAGUGUUUGUGAUGUCUCAUGCGGAAAGGGUUUCUAAUAGGACUUUUUAGGAGGUUUCAGAACGCCUUUUGGUCUCCAAGGUUUGAACCAGGCCUGGACCCCUCUUGCCCACUCUUGCAUCUGCUGUCAGAGCUUGUGUCCUGUCGCUGUCUUUAUUCGCUAGAGCAGAUGCUGCCACACUGAUGCAAUGUGUUGGAGGCUGACCCCUAAAGCACCUCUCAGAAGGGACCAAAGUGCUUUUGCCCCAUCUCCCGUCUGCCUUUUGAGAGACAGAUGGUGUGACCUUCUGGACCACACUCCAUUUCUCUCUUUGCUGGCCACCCCUCUCUGCUCUGUCUGGUUUGGGGAACCAUGAGCUGCUCUCCCUGUCCCUCCUUUGCUGCCAGGCUGGCUUGGGUGGUCGGGCGGGUGGAGGUGCUCCCUUUUUCCUGUCUCCAGCACCUCUUUGUGCUCUUGAUAGGCAGAAUCUGCUCCCACAUGCCCAUGAGGACAUUCCAGAGUCACUGUGCUCCUUCAUGCUCUCCUUACGCUUUUGCACUGCUCCUGGGGCAGGCCGGGAGGAGAGAUGAAGUCAAGGACAACAUCCUCCAGAGAAAGUCUCCUUCUGCACCAUUCCCUUAGACUCAAGCAGGAUUUGUACCCAGGUGCUGGGACUUUUCCUUGCACCAGGCUGUGCCUCCUUUUUGGGCUGCAGUCUUGAUGCCUUGUGCAAUCAGCCGUGUGGUGGUGGACUGAUUGUCCCUUCCAGACGGUGUUUCUCCCAGCAGAGCCCUUGGGCUGGUGAAAUCCAGGACAGCAGCCUUCAGUGUCACCUUAUGUUGGCACAGUUGUGGCUCUCUGGUAUUUUCUAGAGAGUUCCUUUGAAGGUGUCGCACUGCUAAUGGCUAGAAGGGAAAAAUACCUAGAAAGAAGUUGGAGGCUGCUUCAUGCACUUGCCUUCCUAGUUCCGUAGAAUACAAGACAAAAGGGAAACACUGAGUCAUCUGGUCUGGCUGGUGGCUCCAAUCUUGUCCCAUCUCACCUGGCUUGUCCUGCAUGGGACCCAGAAAGAAAGUCAGUCUCUGCUUGACACAAAAGAGGUUCAGGGAGGACUUGAGAAUGCCCGAUGCCUGUCCAACAACAAGAACCUGUUUGGUGAAACACAUCCAGAUGACUAGGCUUCUGCAGAGGAGGAAAGACCUUUGCUGUUCUGGUCUGGAGAAUUUCCCGAGUCUGACUCAAAUUUAUAAGAAAGAAACAGCAGCAAAGUAUGAGGUCUAAAAGUAGUGGUCCCUUCUGCCCCUGAAACUCCAGUAGUCGUGAAGGAAGGAAUCUGGCCAGGGCUGUGGUAGCCACAAGCAGAGGGUGGCCCUGCUGGACACCAGUGCCAGCAGGAGCUGUGCUUUGUUGAGGGAAUGCAGUUCCUCCUCCCUGGGCACUCAGGAAAGGGAGGAAUGAGGGUUGUAGACUCAAAUGGCAGAAGGGACCAACGCUUUGAUCAGACAGAAGGUGGAAUACAGCUCGUCUAGAAGGAUGGGUAACCUUUCCUUCAGGCACAGUCUGGGGAGCCAGCCCCAGAACAGCAGCAAAGAAGAUUCUCUCUACUGCUUUCUGUGAUUUCUUCAUAGCCAUUGUCCCUGCAUGGCUUCCUUGCCUCUCUCCUUUUCUCCCCGAGUCCUGUCCCAAGCUAGAAACCUGCACAAAGCCUUCAAGCUGCUGCUAUUGCUUCCAUGGGGCUGCGGUGGGACCAACGGGCUGGAGGGGGUGGGAUGGAUUUGGGUGGAUAACAGUCGUACUGUAAUCUACCUUGGGGUACAGUGGGGAGUGCUGGUGAAAAGGAGGACGUUUAAGAUGGUCUUAUUGUCUCCUGAGGAAUCUUGGACCUGCAGGUGUUGCAGGAAAAGCAUUUUGAUAUUGAUGCAGAGGCUGCCAAAGGUGCUAGUAACGUUAGAGCAUUUUUAGUUGUUAGGCUUUCAGCUGGUAGCAAGGAUAUGACCCUAUAAAUGUGACAGAUGGUUACUCCACAUAAUAAACUGCUUUGACAGAGCUGUGGCUAA